GAAAUUUGAGUUGAAUUGCAAUCUUGCAUUCUUCUUUGAGAUAGAAUUCUGUCUCUAAAGUCCCAAAUUUGGGCAGGCCUUAUCUUGCUCAAGCAAGUGGCAGUCCUCUUCAUGAUGCUUAUCUUGGAAGCUUGUUCAAGUGGCGCAUCUUCAUUUCCUAAGUUUCCUUUUCUCUAAUCUCUUCCAUUUUUAAUUUCUCUUCCAUUUCUUAAAUGUCAUUUAGUAUAUUCUCUCUAGGUAUGCACUUCCCCAUCAUGUGGUAUCAUGAGCCUUAGGUUUUUGAUCUCUUAGGAAUUGCAUGCUAGAGUAGAAUAGCUUAGAAAUGUUCAUUUUCGCUGAGCCAAUUUCUGUCUCGCCCAGCUUCUGCGUCCCUGUUACAGUCAACUUGUAUGAUUUAGUUUAGCUUCAUUUCUUGUCCGUUUUCCAUGAAAUUUUUUUUCCUAGUUUCGUCUGGAUGUCUAGUUUCAUGAACAAUUUUUACUUUUCUCAAAUUCGUUCUGUACUGUUCCCAGUAAAUUAUUUUCUCCACUGUGUUCAUCCAGAUUUCUGCUGUUGAAUUAAUACUCCACUGUUUUGCUUUGUUGUUGGCUGUUUGGACAUUUUGGUGGCUGGAAUUGCUCCCUGGACGUUGCUACACCCUCUCAAUACUCUUAAGCAAGGAAUCAACACUUCAAAUCAAUGCUUUGAGGGACUAAACCGUGGCUGUCCAGAGCCUUGUGCAAGUAGACAUUUCAUCAAACAGCAACAAUGCUAUUGGAGGUCUUCAACAAGUAGGUGUCCUAUUUCCUUUUGUUUGUUUGUUCCAGCUAUUAAUUCUUUGUCUUGGCUGGAUUGUAUGUGUCUUUCUUAAUUGCUUAGCUUUUAAUUGAGUCAUAUGUGUUUCCUCUUUAGGAGUUUUCUAGAGUAUUUUUCUGAAAUUGCAUAGCUAAGAGUAAAUUUUACAUCUCCUUGAUGGUAUGCUGAAUUGAGCUUGAUCUUUAUAGGAUUUAAGUGUGUGAACCUUGCUUAUAUGUUCUGUAUUCAUAGAGGCAUCCAUCCAUUCUAUUUGGCAUAUUAAUCAAACACACUUAAUGUGUUAAACUUAGCUUGGCCGAGAACAUUCUUGCAAACUGCACCAAAACAGCAAAACAAAUUUUUGGUAAUUGGUGUGCAUGCUUGCUGGCCGAGACAUCUUCCUUGUGUUUAGUGUGUUUGAGCAUUGUUUUCAAGCCUCUUUUCUCAUUUAAAUACAGAAUAUAUUGGUUUGAGGUUUGCCAAAAUUAUUUCCAGCAUUAAUUUGGUCUUGCUCUUCAUGUAUACUUAGUAUGUUGAUGUAUAUUUGCUUCUUGGUUGUGUAAAUUUCUUUGCUGUCUUGUUCAUUUUGUGCCACUGUUUUGACUCCAUUUUCUUGCUGUUUUGUCUUCAUAAAAUCAUUAGAGUGUUGCCUCCUUGUUUUUGUGCCAAGUUUCUUGAUUUUUUAGGUUCCAUUUUCAUCAUUUGUCUUGUAGUUUUCAUUCUUUCUUUGGCCUCUACCAUGUGCUGUCUUGAUUUGGCUUCUUUGCAUUAAAGUGGAUUGUACAUCUUUCCAUUUGCUUUGGACUUGAGUUGGUGCUCUCAAAGUGGACUUGUGAGACAUUUUACUAUCUUAAAAGAAGGGUGCUGCCCUUUCCUUGUUUUUUGAGACACUGGCCGUGAGUUUUGAGUCGUUUCCUUCCAUUCUUUGAGUGAAACCGUGAGCUGUUUUGUGGCUGCUGCUUUGCCUUGAUUUUUGGUUGUUUCUAACCUGUUUUGUGUGUAGCUUGCUGCUGUUUUUUUUUUUUUAACAUGUCUGCAGGUUCCAGCCAUGCUUCAUCUCAUGGAGAUAGCAACCAUGGAAGCCCUUCUAGCAAGUUUGAUGUGAUGAAGGCCUUCCAACAAAUGCAACAUCAACUUGAUGCUAUGAGCAAACGGUUAAACGCGGAAACAAAGGCUAAAGGGAAGCAAUCUCAUGGUCAUGAUCAUGGUUCCUACAAGAAGAAGCAAGAAGCUAGAACCAUAAAUGUAUACCUUCCCUCGCCAAAGAAGCAUCAAGAAGAUAAAGCUAUGGACCAAGGCCUUACACUACCAAAGUUGAACUUGCCUACUUUCAAAGGGGAAGUCGAGCCGUCUAUUUUUUUAGAUUGGAUAGCUAAAGUAGACCAAAUUUUUGAUUUAUAUAGUGUAAAUGGACCUUUGCGUGUAAAGUUAGCUUGUUUAGCUUUAGAGGGAUACGCCAAACAAUGGCUAAAUAGGAGAUACUUAACCAUGGCCUCACCCGCGAGUACAUGGGAACAUUGCAGGGACAUUUUGUACCAACGUUUCGUACCUCCAUACUACCAUAGGGACCUCUUGAUUAAGCUCCAAUGGCUUACUCAAGGUAGACGAAGUGUGGAGGAGUAUGCUCGCGAGCUCGAAGUGCUCCUACAUCAUACUAACCUUAAAGAAAAUGAUCAUGCAAAAAUAGUUAGAUUUAUUAGUGGACUUAAUAGCAACAUCCAAGAUAUAAUUGAAUUCCAUGAUGAUGAGACUUUAGAUGUAGUGGUUCAUAGAGCCAUGAAAGUAGAGAAGAAACUCUUGAAAAAAGAAGCUUGUCAAAACAAAUUUUCCAAAUCUUCAAGAGAUGUUUUCUACAAAUCCUCAUCAUCAAAGGAUAAAAACAAGGAUGUUUCUAAGGAGCCCACUAACAAAUCGUUUUCUCAUUUUUCUUCUAACCAUUCCUCUUCCCCACCUAAAUCUUCUUCUAGACCAAGUCACAUUAAAUGUUUUAAAUGUUUAGGACAUGGUCAUAUAGCCUCUGCCUGCCCCACCAAAAAGGCAACAUGCAUUGAGGGUGAAGUAAUUGUGACUAAUGAGUCUACGUCUUCCUUAACUUCACCAACCUAUAGCUCUUCUUCCUCAUCAAGUGAUGCCAAAGAGAAGGUCAUGCUUACUUGUUUAAAUGACGACAGAAAAGAAAGAGAGGAGAGAGUAAAAGAAGAGACUGAGAGAAAAGAAAGAGAGGAGGGAGAAAAGAAAGAAAAAGAAGAACUUGUGAGAGAAAUAGAGAAGGACAAAGUCUUAGUCAAAAAGGAAGUGUUACUGAAGGCACCAUCCACUCCCAUCAUUCAAAUAGAUCUAAACCAUGACAGGGGAGUUUUUCAAUCCUUCUACUUUUCUCCUUUUACUAAGUUUUCUUUCUUUGUUCCAAAAAUAUUUUGCACAACUUUUUCACCUCCCUCUUUCCUUCUUUCCAACUAUUCCAUAAACAUUUAUGAAACAUGUCAUGAGUUAGUGUUACCCCUUUGGGUCCAUUCAACUCAAGACAAAAAUAAUUUUUUCUCUAAAAAUGGUCUCCUAGUUUUCACCACUAAAUGCAAUAAAAAUAUCAGGAGACUUUCUUUUACUAUUACUUGUUUAUAUACAUUGAUUGGUCAACAUAAAUUCAUUCACAAAAUGUUUAAUGAUUUUUGCAGAUUGACAUUUGAUCCAGGAGGAGUUGCUUUGGUUUAUACACGAAAUAAGUCACUAAAUCUCUCUUUGUUGCAGGCUUUUCAAGAUUCGAGGUCGAAUCCUCUCCAACCUGGGGGGGAUGAUAUGAUCAUAAAUGGGUCAAGUAGUGAAGAGUUUCAAAGUGACAAAAACACAAAAAGAGUAGAAUAG